AGAGAGGAAGGGGCGGAUUCUAGGGACUUUCUCCAGGAAAAACGGACAGGAGUUUGGUGGCGGUGCCCCCAUCCCUCCCCUGGCAGCGCCCGACUCCCGCCGCCACCAUGUCGUCCUUCGUCCCCGCACCCGGAUACCGGCCCAGCUACAACCCCACUCUCCCCUACAACAGCCCCAUCCCGGGCGGGCUGCAGCCGGGAAUGUCCGUCUACAUCCAGGGGAACGCCGACGAGAAGAUGAAGCGGUUCUGCGUCAACUUCAAGGUCGGCCCCGGCUCCGAGGCGGACAUCGCCUUCCACUUCAACCCGCGCUUCGACGGCUGGGACAAAGUGGUGUUCAACUCCUUCCAGGGCGGGCGGUGGUGCACCGAGGAGAAGAAGCGCAGCAUGCCUUUCCACCGGGGCUCCCACUUCGAGCUGGUCUUCCUCGUCACCAACGAGCACUACAAGGUGGUGGUGAACGGCAACCCCUUCUACGAGUUCGGGCACCGGUUGCCCCCUCAGAUGGUCACCCAUCUGCACGUGGAUGGCGACCUGACGCUGCAGAGCAUCAACUUCAUCGGGGGAAAGGAGCAGACCUCGACGUCACCGGGCCUCCCCGGCGCCGGAGUUCAGAGCCCCCCGUCGAGCCUCCCGUCAAUGGGGGGGCCCCCAGUCUACAACCCGUCGUUGCCGUACCGGGGUUACCUGAAUGGGGGGCUCUCAGCCCGGAGCACCAUUGUGGUGAAGGGCUUUGUGCCCCCGACCGCUGAAAGCUUCAUCAUCAACUUGAAGGAGGGCGAGAGCAACGACAUCGCCCUGCACAUCAACCCUCGCUUGCUCGGCGGCUCUAUCGUGCGCAAUAGCUUCCUGAAGGGCAAGUGGGGCAAGGAGGAGGUCAAGGUCACCUUCAACCCCUUCGCUCGGGGCCAGUAUUUCGACCUCUCUAUCCGCUGUGGAAUGGACCAGUUCAAGAUCUACGCCAACGGAGAGCACGUGUUUGACUUCGUCCACCGCGUCCAAGCCUUCCAGAAGAUCAACACGCUGGAGAUCCAGGGCGACGUAAAACUGUCCUACGUCCAGAUCUGAGCUCUGCCCACGGGCAUCACUCUCCGACCCCCUUAGCAGGGACCCGACGUCACUCCUUUCAGCUCCUCCUCACUGGGGGCCCAGUUAGCCCCCCACCUUCCCGCUUGACUGCCCCACCUGCAACGCCCACCCCCCUCCCGCCGUCCCCGUGUCCACCCUAGGUGCCCAGACGGCUCUUCCCACCCGUGACGUCCUCCGCCGUGUCCUCACUUGUCUGGGCCACCGCUGCCCUCAAUAAAGAUGCCAU